AUGACAGCCAAAGAUGUGAUUAUGAAAUUGAAUAAAGAUGCUGAGUACAAUGCACUCACUGCUGAAUUUUAAGGAAAUGACACUAAAUUUGUAGGAGAAUAUGAAAAUGUUAGGAUUCCAUCUGAAAAAAAGGAAUCUAUUAAGGAUGCAUUUAGAAAGGCAUCCAAAGCAUGUUAGCCUACAUUAAAAAAUCUCUCAUUGAGAUAGAAUUGGUUAGAUCUAUAGGAUAGAAUAUAUAAUAGAGCAUAAUACUACACAACUGAUGCAAAUUCUUGUAUUAGUGAUGCAAGAAAUGUUGCUGAGGUUAAUGUUUGUUGCGAUCAUUACAUCCAAAGACUAAACAAUGACUUUUACAACGAUGUCUUACAAAUAUUAAAGGAUUAUUGA